UUUUUAUAUUCAGUUGAUUCGAACUAGGAAGCGAAGUGAAGUGAACGUGUUUAGGUUGGAGUGAAGUAGUAGUGGGAACAGUUACAGAAGGAGGUGUUACAAUGGCGGCUUGUUCAUCUUCUUCAUCAUCGGAAGAAGAGAUAACACUGAAAGUUAAAUGGAGCGGCAAGGAAUACACUGUACGAGUAUGCGCCGACGACACUGUUGGAGAACUCAAACGUCGAAUCUGCGAAUCAACCAACGUCUUACCUAUUCGUCAGAAGCUUUUAUACCCUAAACUUGCUUCCAAACUUAACGAUGACUCUCUCUUACUCUCUCAACUCCCUCUUAAUCUCAACAAUUCAUCUCUCAAAUUCACUAUGAUCGGUACUACUGAAGAAGAUUUGAUAGUGGAUCCUGUGGAUUCUCCUGAGAUUCUCGAUGAUUUUGAACUUCCUCAACAAGAAGCUGUUGAUAUCAAAGACAUGCAAGUCAACCAACUCAAGUUGACCAGACGCAUUAAUCACUUCAAGGUUGAGAUUCAAAACCCUUGUCGCCAAGGAAAGAAACUCCUUGUUCUGGAUAUUGAUUACACUCUUUUUGAUCAUCGCUCAACUGCCGAAAACCCUCUUCAACUCAUGAGACCUUACCUUCAUGAGUUUCUGACAGCAGUCUAUUCUGAGUAUGACAUUAUGAUAUGGUCUGCAACCAGCAUGAAAUGGAUUACCCUCAAGAUGAGCCAACUUGGGGUUCUGGACAAUCCUAACUACAAAAUCACAGCACUUCUUGACCACAUGGCUAUGAUCACAGUUCAGACACCUUCUCGUGGAGUCUUUGAUUGCAAGCCACUUGGUUUGAUCUGGGCUCAGUUCCCUGAGUUCUACAGUGCUUCAAAUACUAUUAUGUUUGAUGACCUUCGAAGAAAUUUUGUGAUGAACCCGCAGAAUGGUUUGACAAUUAAACCAUUCAGGAAGGCUCAUGCCAACCGAGACAGUGAUCAGGAGCUUGUGAAACUUACACAAUACUUACUGGCCAUUGCAGAGCUUGAUGAUUUGAGUCACCUUGAUCAUAAUAAAUGGGAGUCAUUCGCGGAGGACACUGGUAAAAGGCGUAGGCACAAAUGAGUGAUAAAGGAAUGCAAUAAGAGGAAUUUGAUAUUUAUGUUAGAAGUUAGAGCAGAGUGAAGGACAGAAAGAGAAAUAUUCCUUGUGGUAGCUGUGUGUGGAAUUAUCCAAGAUGGUUAAUACUGCUUGUGCUAUUUCUACGCACCAAUUCCUGAAGACUAAUAAUGCUUUUUGCACGAGAAAUUUAUUUAUGUAUUUUCUUAAUUUGAUGAGAAACUAGUACAAAGCUUGGAUCAAAGCCAAAGAAAGGUCAAAAUGCUCUUGGAAAAUGAGAAAAUUGGUGGCAACUGUAACUAACAUCCAAAGUGAUUAAUUUAUUCUAAUUCUCGGCAGUGCUAAAUAUGCAAGUUCAUUAUUUUCUGUGG